ACUAGACAACGGCACCUCUGCACCAUCCUGGCCUCGACGCCAUCCGACCUUCUCCCCUCACAGUCCAAUUGGGCAACACCAAAUCGCAGCGAUGUUGUCGAGAACAUCUGCGCCGUCCGCCGCCUCGGCGAAGGCCCUCUCCCGGGCCGCCGCUUCCACGACCACACGGGGAUUUGCGACAGUGCAGGAUGGUGCCCCAAAGCGCCAGUAUGGUGGUCUUCGCGACCAGGACCGCAUCUUCCAGAACCUUUACGGCCGAUACCCUCCCGACCUCAAGCACGCCAAGAAGAUGGGCGACUGGCACAAGACCAAGGAGAUUAUUCUGAAGGGCCACGACUGGAUCAUCAGCGAGAUCAAGGCCUCUGGUCUGCGUGGACGAGGUGGAGCUGGUUUCCCCUCGGGUCUGAAGUGGUCCUUCAUGAACUUCAAGGACUGGGACAAGGACAACAAGCCGCGUUACCUUGUCGUCAACGCCGACGAGGGUGAGCCUGGAACCUGCAAGGAUCGCGAGAUUAUGCGUAAGGACCCUCACAAGCUCGUUGAGGGAUGCCUGGUGGCCGGCCGUGCCAUGAACGCUACCGCCGCGUACAUCUACAUCCGUGGCGAGUUCGUUCACGAAGCCGCUGUUCUCCAGAACGCCAUCAACGAGGCUUAUGCCGACGGCCUCAUCGGCAAGAACGCCUGUGGCUCCGGCUACGAUUUCGAUGUUUAUAUCCACCGUGGUGCCGGUGCCUACGUCUGUGGUGAGGAGACAUCGCUGAUCGAAUCGAUUGAGGGCAAGCCCGGCAAACCCCGUCUUAAGCCCCCGUUCCCGGCUGCUGUCGGCGUCUUCGGCUGCCCUUCUACUGUCGCCAACGUCGAGACUAUCGCUGUCGCGCCUACAAUUUGCAGAAGAGGUGGAAGCUGGUUCGCGGGCUUCGGCCGCGAGCGAAACCAGGGCACGAAGCUUUUCUGCAUUUCUGGCAACGUCAACAACCCCGCCACCGUUGAAGAGGAGAUGAGCAUUCCCCUGCGCGAGCUCAUCGACAAACACUGCGGCGGUGUCAAGGGUGGAUGGGACAACCUGCUUGCCAUCAUCCCCGGAGGUUCAUCUACGCCCAUUCUGCCAAAGUCUGUCUGCGACGACCAGCUGAUGGACUUUGACGCACUCAAGGAUAGCCAGUCUGGUCUUGGUACUGCCGCUGUCAUUGUCAUGGACAAGAGUGCCGAUGUCGUUCGUGCUAUUUCACGGUUAAGCCACUUCUACCGCCACGAGUCGUGUGGCCAGUGCACGCCUUGCCGCGAGGGUAGCAAGUGGACUGAGCAGAUCAUGCAGCGAUUUGAGAAGGGCCAAGGCCGUGAGCGUGAAAUUGACAUGCUCCAGGAGCUGACCAAGCAGGUCGAGGGUCACACUAUCUGCGCUCUCGGCGAGGCUUUCGCAUGGCCCAUUCAGGGUCUUAUCCGCCAUUUCCGUCCCGAGCUCGAGGCGAGAAUGCAGAAGUUUGCAGCUGAGAACGGUGGCAAGGAGGCGCUCGCUGGUGGUUGGCACCCGGAGUCCCGGGCGCAGGGCAAGCUUGUGUCUCCCGGCAUGUAAGGUGGUUUGCGGAGAAGGAUAAUCAUUUUCCAGCGGGACCCGGUAUAAUCCACAUAUCCUGCAUAGCUGGAGCAUAAGUCUGGCUUUGGAAGAGCUUGCACACUAUUGUCAAAACUACUGAUACUUUGUACAUAGUCCAUCAAUCGGUUUCUCCAUGUUCCGCACCUUGGGUGACUCGUAUGGUGCAACGUUAGACAGCCGAGAAUGCGUUUGAUGAGAACAACCUCUGAAGUAGUGAUGAAACUGGCCGAGUUGCUCUUAAACGAAAGUAGUUGUAGUUGUGGCUAGAGUAGAGACAGGCCGAUGACUCUUGUCAGGGCAUUGAGCCAGAACGCAGGCAUGUCGUGUCCGGCCUAUUGCGGGAACACGAUUGCUGGCCGAAGCCGGCACGUCGUACUGGAAAACUGGGUCUCGGGCCAGCCAGUUCACCGCUGCGAUUUCCGGACAUCUGACAUUGUUGCUUCCAAUCAC